AUGCCGCGCGUCGAGGACCCGCACGCGGAGCAGGCCAUGGAGGAGCUCGAGGACGCCGUCGAGGAGUGGGGCGGCGACGCGUCGAUGUUGGACGGCUGGCGCACGGAGGUGCACGACCGGCCGACGGGGAGCAGCGCGGGGACGACGGACCGCUACUACUUCGACGAGUUCGGCAAGCGGUUCCGGUCCAAGGCGGAGAUCGCGCGCGCGCUGGGCCUCGCCGGCGCGCCCGCGCCCGCGCGGCGCGCGUCCGAGGCGCCCGCGCCGCCGCGCGACCGGACGUACGACGCGCGCGACGGCGCCGCGGCGUAUGCGCUCUCCGCGUCCGUCGCCGCGGAGUGCGCCGCGGCCCAGGACGAGGACGACGCCGUGCUCGAGCGCCUCCUGCUGCACGCCGCGGCGGCCGCGCGGCGCGCUUCCGCCAUGGCGGACGCGUGCGGCGCGCCCUUCCGCGGCGACGCGCGGGCGCCGCCGAGCGCGCGCUUCGCGACCGUGCGGCUCAAGCUCGCGGAGCCCGACGAGCCCGCGGACGACGGCGACGAUCCGCCGCGGAAGCGGCGGCGCCGCGGCAAGACGCCCGCGUGGCUCAAGCCCAUGGCCUGCGAGCUCCGUUUGGCGCGCUGGCCGCCGCGCGUCGUCGCCGUGCGCGUCGCCGGGGGCCGCGAGCGCCCCGCGGCGGCGGCCGUCGGCGACGCCUACUGGGCCGAGCGCCGCGGCCCGCCGCCGCCGGGGCCCGCGCGCCGCGCGCUCCGCGUGCGGCUCACGACGGGCGGAAAGGACGAGGUCGUCGAAGAGGACGCGGCGGACGCGGACGCCCCGCCGGUCGCGACCCUGGGUCCCGCGCCGCCGGUCGCGACGCUCGGCCCCGCGCCCCCGGUCGCGACCCUGGGCCCCGCGCCGCCGGAGGCGAUCCCGGACGCGGCGGAGCCGGAGGCGGCCGCGCCGAGCCCGGCGCCGAGCCUGGCGCCGAGCCCGGCGCCGCGCGCGUCGCCCGCGGCGCGCGCCGCGGCGCCGGCGCCGACGGAGGAGCCGCUCGUCGCGCACUUCUCCCUGUCCCCCCAGGACGCGGACGUGGCGGCGUCGUUCCGCGUCGCGCGCGGGGCCGCCGCGCGCGCGCGGCGCCGGCGGCUCGCCGUCGCCGGCGCGACCGAGCCGCCCGAGGACGACGGCCUGCCGGAGGGCCUCGGCGACGUCAACGCGCUGCUCCGCGUCGCCGACUUCCUCGGGUCCUUCGCGCCGCUGCUGAACGUCGCGGCGCCGCCGCUCGAGGCGCUCGCGGCCAUGCUCGCCGACGACGGCCGCUCGAAGCUCGCCGCCAUGCUCGCGGAGGCGACGCACGUCGCGCUCUGCCGCGUCGCGCUCGGCGACCGGCUCUUCGCCUGCCGGCGCGAGCGGCCCGAGGACGAGAGCGACGACGACGACGACGCGGCCGCGCCGUCGCCCGCGCCCGGGAAGCCGAAGGCCGACGAGAACGCGGACCCCGCGAAGACCGAGAAGCCGCCCGACAAGCCCGGCGCGCCCGCGCUCGGCGCCGAGUGGCGCACGGAGGGCCCCCACGUGGGCAUGUGGAUCACGCGGGCCGUCUACAGCAACGGCAAGCAGACGAGCUCGUCCGUGGGCCUCGUCGAGGGCUACCUGCCGCCCGAGGAGGCGGACUUCCUCGACGACGCGGGCGCGCCCGCGGCGCUCUGGAGCGUGCGCUACGUCUCCGGCGAGCUCGCGGGGGACCGCGAGGAUUUGGAGGCCGCCGAGGUCGAGGAGUCCGGGCCGCGCUGGGUCCGGCCGCCGCGGUCGGGCCAGGGCGAGAACGCGGCGCCGGAGGACCGCGGCGCGGCGCUCGCGCUCCGCGCGCUCGACGACGCCUGCGAGCGCCAGCAGUGGUGGCGGCCCCUGCCGCCGCCGGAGACCCUGACAGCGGCGACGUGGCCCGCCCUCGCGGCCGCCUGCGUCUUCCGCGACGCGCGCGUCGACGCGGACGACGCGGGCGCGGGCGCGACCUCGAAAGCGGCGCUCGACGCGUGCGCGGCGCUCCGCGCGGCCCGGGGCGCCUAUGGCGCCCUGGGCGCCGCGCGGCGCCUCGCGCUCCUCGACGGCCUCGUCCACGCCUGCGCGUCGACGGCCGCGGUGUCGGACCGGUGCCGGCUCCGCCGCGGCGGCGCCGACUGCGCGGACCUCGCGCCCGCGGCGCCCGCGCCGCGCGCCGCGGCGCCGGCCAAGGCCGGCAAAGCGAAGCCCAAAGCCUCCGCCGGCGGCGGCCGCGCGCCGUCGAAGCACCCGCUGCCCAUGGCCGCGAUCGCGAUGCUCGUCGGCGACGCCGUGCCGCUCGCGGUCCGCCAGCACAACCCCAAGGGCGGCGCGUCCCGCGCCCGCUACGAGGGCUACAAGUCCGCGACGAACGCCAAGGUCUUCAUCGCCCUCGGCGGCUCCAAGGGCGACUUGCAGAACGACCUCAUCAAGGGCCACAUCCAGCUCCUCGGGCCCGACGGCGAGCCCAUCGAGUGGCACACGCACGAGCACGUCGUCGCCGUCGCCGUGACGGGGCCCGCCGCCGGCCGCAAGGCCGCCGCCGCCGCGCGCGCGUCGCCGCCCCGCGCGCGGACGCCCGAGCCCCGCGCGCGGACGCCCGAGCCGGCGCCGGAGCCCGCGGCCGCCGCCGCGCGCGAGCCGCCCGCGGCGGAGCCCGACGGGCCCGCCGCGCACUCGCUCCUCUGCGGCGCGAGCCUCGCGCUCGCGGAGAAGGCGGGCUCUUUGCCGGCGCGCCCAUGGCUUGUGCUAGCGGUGGCGGCCUGCCUCGCCAUCGCGGUGCUCGGCGACGGCCACGACGACGACGGUUCUGCGGUGUCCGACGACGGCCACGGCGACGCCUCCCACGGCGACGCCUCCCACGACGACGGCCACGACUCCUCCUCCCACGCCCACGGCGGCGAGCACGCGAACCACGCGGCGCCGCUCAUCCUGCUCGUCGUCGCCCUCUUCUUCGGCGUCCUCGCGAAGACCCUGUUGGCCAAGUCGAAGAUCCCCUACACGGUGCUGCUGCUCCUCGCGGGCGUCGCCGUGGGCUGGGGCGUCGACUACGAGGGCGCGGACGACAAGAAGCCGCUGCACCGGUCCGUGCGCGCCUGGGACCGCGUGAACCCGCACCUGCUCAUGUACCUCUUCCUGCCCGUGCUCAUCUUCGAGAGCGCCUUCUCCGUCGACGUCCACACGCUCUUCCGCGAGCUCUUCCAGGUGCUGACGCUCGCGGUGCCCGGCGUCGCGCUGUCGACGGCGCUCACGGCGUGCGUCGCCCGGUGGCUCUUCGCGGGCCGGGAGUUCACCUGGGCCGCGAGCCUCAUGCUCGGCGCGAUCCUGUCCGCGACGGACCCCGUCGCGGUCGUCGCGCUGCUCAAGGAGCUCGGCGUGUCGAAGCGCGUGGGCACGCUCAUCGAGGGCGAGAGCCUCUUCAACGACGGCACGGCCAUCGUCGUCUUCAACGUCUUCUUCCACGAGCUCCGCGACCGCGGCAACGGCGGCGGCAUCGACGGCGGCGAGGUCGCGGUCUACUUCCUCCGGCUCGCGGGCGGCGGCGUCCUUCUAGGGGUGCUCGUCGGCGGCGCGACGGUGCUGGGCCUGUCCUACAUCUACGACGACGGCCUCAGCGAGAUCACGCUGACCAUCGUCGCGGCCAUGGGCACGUUCCUGAUCGCGGAGAUGAUCACGGUCGACGGCCAGGCGCUCACGUCCGGCGUCCUCGCCGUCGUCGCGCUCGGGUUGAUAGUGGGCUCCAAGGGCGCGUCGCGCGUGUCCGCGACGGUGGGCCACGACCUCCACGCGACCUGGGAGGCCCUGGGCUUCGUGGCGAACACGCUCAUCUUCUUCGUGGCGGGCCUGAUCGUCGAGGUGCGCCUCUCGCACAGCGAGCACGUCGCGCGCGAUCUGGGGCAGCUCGCGGUGCUCUACGCGUCGCUCCACGUCAUCCGCUUCGUCGUGCUCCUCGUGGCCUGGCCGCUCCUGCGGCGCAUGGGCUACGGCAUGGACUGGAAGUUCGGCGUCGCGCUCUGGUGGGGCGCGCUCCGCGGCGCCGUCGGCCUCACGCUCGCGUUGAUCGUCGAGGAGGACCACGCGGUCCACGCGGACGUGCGCCACGCCGUCGUCUUCCACGUCGCCGGCAUCACGUUAUUGAGCCUCUGCGUCAACGGCACGACCAUGGAGUACGUGCUCUCGCGCGUCGGCCUCUCGGAGAAGUCCGCGUCCGCGGAGGCGGAGUUCGUCGCCGUCGGCCGCGAGCUGAGCCUCGCGUCCGACGACCACGCGCGGCGCCUCCGCGACGACGACCGCUUCCUCGUGGACUGCGACUGGGCGACGUGCCUGCGGUACCUGCCCGUCCACGACGCGGAGACGUACCGGACGCGGCUCGCGGCGACGGAGGCCGGCGCGGCGCCGCUCAUGGCGAAGCGCUGGCACGGCUACGCGAAAGCUUUCGGCGGUCCCAACGCCGCGCCGACGCCGACGAGCGCGAAGCCGCCGCGGCGCCGCGCGAGCGUCGCGCGCGUGCUCGGCGGCGCCGCCGCGGCCGACGGCGACCGGGAGCUCGUCGCGCUCGGCGCCGCGGGCGCCGCGGCGCGCUGCGACACGGAGCAGCGGCGCCGCGCCGCGCGCAUGGUCCGCGCGGAGCUCUGGCGGCUCAGCGAGGCGGGCUACGCGCGCGCGACGGCCGUGGACACGCUCCUCGUGGUCUGCGACGAGCUCCGGGACGGCGUCGAGGCCGGCGGCGACCUGCGGUCCUGGGACGCCCGCGUGCGGCCCCAGCUCGACCGCUUCGCGGCGGGCGGCGGCCUGGGCUUCGGCCGCUGCGCGUCGCGGUUCUCCGCGCGCGCGCCGAUCCUGGACCGGCUCUUCCGCGCGAAUCUGGCCUACGCGUUCGACGUCGCGUCCUGCUACGCGCGGGCCACGUCGGCCGUCGCCGAGGCGCUCGCCGGCGGCGGCUGCGCGACGGCGGACGCGGCGGGCGCCGAGCUCGCCGAGGAGGCGGAGAAGGCCUCGCGGUGGCUCGACGAGUACCUCGGCGCGUUCCCCGAGGUCGCGCGGUCCGUGACGACGGAGGCGGCCGCGCGCGUCGUCCUCGCGCGCGAGACGGAGGACGUGCUGGAGCGGGUGCACGCGGGCGAGCUCGGAAGCCGCGAGGAGCGCGUGCUCCGCGCGGCGCUCGCCGCGUCCGCCGCGCGGCUCGACUUUGGUCGCACGGCGAUCCCGCCGCCGACGGCGCUCGCCAAGCUCAAGAACCUGCCGGGCCUCGCCAUCUUCGACCGCCUCCACGGCCUGGGGCCCCUCGCGGCCCUCGCGCGGCGGCCGGCCUACGCCACGGGCGCGACGCUCUGCGUCGGCGAGUCGUGGUUCCUCGUGCUCCGGGGCGAGGCGCGGUGCCUCCGCGCGCCGGACGCGCCGCCGCGGCCCGCGGCGAGCCCGCGGCGCCGCUCCGUCUUCGCCGCGUUGACGUCGCCGCGCGGGUCGCCGGAGAGGCCGCCGCCGUUCGAGCCGGCGGCGGCCGCGGAGGCCGACGUCGUCGCGACGCUCGGCGCGGGGCGGACCGGCGGGCUCCUCGAGCUCCUCGCGGGGACGCCCGCGCGGCCCUACGCCUACGUCGCCGACCGGCUGACCCAGGUCUUCGAGUUCCCCAACGACGCGACGAAGGGGCUCAUGGAGAGGACGCCCGCGCUGAGGGACGCGCUCCUCGCGGCCGCGGGGCGGGACUUUUCGCCGGAGAUCGCGGCGCUCGCGGGUCGCGGCGACGUCGUCGCCCGGGGGAUCGUUCGCGCGGGCGACGACCUCGGCGCGUCGGACCUCAGCUCCUACGGCGGCUGCGGCCUCCUCGUCGGAAAGGCGGGCGCCGCGCGCGCGCCCGCGCUCGUCGCCUGGCCGCCGGGCGCCGCGCCGGACGUCGCCGACGGGUCCGUCGCCGUCCUCUUCACCGCCGCGGACAUGGAGGAGCUCGCUGCCUAA